AGUUCAGCUUAUUUCAGCUAAACAGUAUUUUUGCAAUGGAAACUAACAUGUGACUUAUGUUUUCUUUAACUAUUAAAUUAACAAUUACAUCGCAAUUAAUCCCAUCCUGAAAAUUUCGUCUCAAUAGCCGUUAUUGGGACUACCUAAGAAUAAUUUAAUUUGUUUCAAAUUCUGGAAUGUAUGUCUGAGAGUACAAAUCUCCUAAGGAUUAUAAGUAACCAUCAAGGCCUUAACAUGUCGAACCAAUCAUUAGAUGAAAAACAAAAAAAUGUUGCUACUUUAUGUGAACAAUAUCUGCAAAAAUUGGUCAAUAAACUCAAGCAACAAUCUGAAGUUAACGACUCUUCAGACCCAUGUGAUGCUGAUUCCAGUUGUGCUGCUGAAAUACAGCUAUGGAACCAGUUAAAAAAAUAUAUUGAAACUCAUGAAGGCUCCUUAAUCAACUGUAUACAUGGAUUUUAUGUUUAUAUUUUACAAGUUUUGUAUUCCCUUAUAAAAGGACCAGCAAUGGAUUUGUAUUUUAUACGUUGUAAAUUUGUUGACGAUGUUAAGCUUAAAGAAGCAGACAAACUUCUAUUUUAUAAUAUUUAUAUCAGACUUGGUGAUCUUAAUAGGUAUCUCAAGAACCUUAAAGUUUCUAGAUAUUAUUAUUAUCAGGCUUGCGAAAUUGAUCCGAGUCGUGGCCAUGCUUACAACCAACUUGCUCUAGUCACGACAAGCCAAGUGUUCAAUAGUCUUUACUAUUCAGUUCGAGCUUUGAUGGCCACAGAUGAUCCAAUAAAAAUGGCUAAAAACAAUAUUGACUCAUUGGUCAACCGAUGCUCAUUAAUGAAUCCCAAUAUUGAACCAUUAUUUUUGAAUGACAGUUCUAUUAUCGAUGCUGACCGCGUUGAAAAUUGGCUGCAUUUCAUUGUCAUUGCAAUUUACUGUGAAAAACUAAAAAUCGUGUUGCCUUACCUCAUCAAGGAAUUGGACAAAAACUUGACCAUCGAACCAAAAAAACCAAAUGAAAACAUUUUAAUCCCGAAAUUUGAUACAAAAUGGAUUUUCUCAGCAAUGGAUGUGGCAAUCGACAUAAUUCUAUCUCAUCCUUCUGAUGAAAAGUUGAGCUCAAUCGAACUGGAUAAAGAGCUCAGUGAUAUUAAAGGAAAAUUAACUAUUUUGCUCAAAGACAAAACUUGUACCGCUGAUAAAGUUGGACUUGCCUUAAAACACGAUUAUUUACUCUAUGGAUUCUCGCCAUUAAAGGAGGCCCAUAAAGUUUUAAGUUUCAGUGAGCCAUUAGAUGAUCUGCUCAACACUCAACUGUUGCUUUUGCGGAUAAAUGAAAAAUUGGAAAAGUUAAUCGUACUAACAAAUGAGAGGAAAGUAAAAAAUAGAGUCAAAAAAUCUAGGAACAUUGCAUUGCAGAGUAUUCUUGGUUCUAAAGGAUCAUCUUGAUGAAAAACUUCAAUUGAAACUUUUCUUUUGGCAAUUUAUAUGUUGAACGUGCUCAUUUGAUUAUAAAUAUAAAUAUUUAUUUACAAAAAUUACAAAUAUAACUGUGAUGGGAGUUAUUCUCAAAUUUAAUAAUUGAUUUAA